GUGUGAGCAACACAGUGAUUCGGCUAGUCUUUCAAUCAUGUAGUGUGAGCUUGCCAUUAGCAGUUGCAGUUUUUAUGUGUGCUGAAAAAAGUGGAAGCGGCAAAAAGAGGAAGGGAUAAGAGCUUGAGGUGUAGGACGAUGCUACAAUGAAGCAAUGGAGCUAAAAUAUGUUUGUCAAGGAUGUUGCAAGAGUUCAAGUUGCCUUACUGACCACCCUCAGCAGCACUAAUUAACCCAGAAAAAAUGAUCAGGUGAAUGACCAAACGACAGAGAAACCAAGAAACUCGGGCAGGUUGCUGUCACCACAUUCAGAGUGCCAUGAUUGAGGAACUCCAAGGAGCAAACAUCUCACAUACAAAAUUCUUAUUUAUGGGAUUUCCAGAGAUCUACAAAUACAGACGUCUGCUUUUCCUGCCAUUUUUUCUAAGUUACGUUUUGGUUGUGGUGGGGAAUUCUUUGUUAGUUUUUGUGAUCAGAAAUACCGAAAGUCUUCACAGUCCUAUGUACAUACUAGUGUCUGCUUUGGCGGUUGUCGACAUCAUUGUACCCACUGCCAUUAUCCCAGCAAUGCUUCUCGGUUUCCUCUUUGACUUGAAUGAGAUAUCUUUAACCGGAUGUUUGACACAAAUGUUUGUUACUCAUUUCUUUUCUUCUGUAGAAUCGACCAUACUUUUAGCUAUGGCUUUAGAUCGCUUUGUGGCCAUUUGCAAGCCAUUACAUUACACUGAAAUCAUGAACUCGUCCAUGUUUUUGAAAGUGCUUCUUUUCACACUGAUCAGGAGCAGCACUAUAAUGUUUGCACUGGUCGCUUUGGCUGCACCUUUGUCUUUUUGUGAGUCUAAUGUUAUCCAUCAUUGCUACUGUGACCACAUGGCUCUUGUUAGCUUGGCCUGUGAUUCAAUAAGCAAAAAUAAUGCAAUGGGAUUGGUUGUGAUUAUCUGUUUUGUGGGAAUUGACAUUUCUGUUAUUUUCUUCUCCUAUGUAAAAAUCUUGCAUGUCGUGUUGGGGGCUGCAGCCGGAGAGGAUCGUUGGAAAGCAUUUCAUACCUGUGGUACACACUUAAUGGUUAUGAUGUGUUUUUACUUUGUAGGUAGUAUUACCUUUCUCUCACGAAAUCUUAACAUUCCAAUCCCAGUUGAUGUUAAUACCUUCCUGGGUGUGAUGUAUAUAGUAUUUCCUGCUAGUGUCAAUCCAAUCAUUUAUGGUGUUCGGACAAAAGAAAUAAGGAAUGCUUUAUUGAGGAUGUUCAAAACAAAUAUUAUUCCAUUGUAAAGGUUUCAACGAUAAAGAUUUGAGUGUCUGGGCAGUAAAAUCACUUGACACUUUGUCUACCUAAUCAUGGCUAAUGAAACAGAAAUGUUUGUAGUUUCAUUAGUAGUUAGAAACAGUGAUCAUAACCAAAUAAACCAUGUUAAUCCGCACCCUCUGAGAAAUUUAAGUCUGUUCAACUGUGAGUUUCAGAUAAACACCUUGUUAGUAAACAAGAAAUCUUUUGUUAACACAAUCUUGAUUUACUAACCAUGUUUACUACUGUGCGUUUUUACAUAAACACUGUAAUAAAUGGA